AUGUCAUCAGAUUCUGUUGGUUUAUUAUCAUCGCCAGAACGAUCAAGUUCACCAUCAUCAUUAGAUCAUAUCGAUGAUAAUGAUUAUCUUAUAUCAACAGCAACAACAACUCAGAUAUUUAAUGAUUAUACCGGUACAAUAUUACAACAACCACGAUCACCUGGAAAAAGACAAUUAACUAUUGAAGAAUCACUUAUUACAACUAAUGAUCCAAAACGUCUUUGUAACAGUAAUUUUCGAGAACAGAUUGAUCUAAAUUUAAUUUCAUCGACUAGUCUAAAUACUCCAUUAUCUUCGUCAAAUUCCAUUGAUUCUCUAUCGAUUCCAUCAUCACCUGUCACACCGCCUCUAUCAGCUGAUGUCAUUAAUUGGUUAUCAGUAUUUUUGGCUAUGUCAAAUGAUGAUCGUAGUCGAGCAACAGAAGCACUUAUACGUACAUGUUCAACAAAUACUCUUCAAUUAAAUCAUAUUAAAAAUCAAAUAGAACCAUAUUUUCAACGUGAUUUUAUUCGUGAUCUUCCACGAGAAUUAGCAUUACAUGUAUUAAAAUAUUUACCAGCAAGUGAUGUUGCACGAGCAUCACGUACAUGUCGUGCUUGGUAUGAAACGUGCAAUGAUAUAUUAUUAUGGAAACGUUUGUGUCAAACACAAUCAAUUCCAUUAAAACAAUUACCAACAAUAUUUGAUGACACAAUUGAUAAUCAAUGGAAACGUUCAUAUACUUGUCAUAAACAUUUAGAAUAUGUAUGGCAACAUGGUGAACCAUUACCCGAGCCAUUAGUAUUACGUGGUCAUGAAGAUUUUGUUAUAACUUGUUUACAAUUUGAUGGAAAACGUAUUGUAUCAGGUUCAGAUGAUAAUUCUUUAAAAAUUUGGUCAGUAGCGACUGGACAAUGUGAACAAACCUUGGUAGGACAUAAUGGAGGAGUAUGGUGUAGUGAAAUGACAGAUGAUCUAAUAGUCAGUGGAAGUACAGAUCGAACAAUUCGUGUGUGGAAUAUAAAUACGGGCAUAUGCCAGCAUGUACUAUAUGGACAUACAUCAACAGUACGUUGUUUGGCGUUACAUGGUGAUAUUGUUGUAUCCGGUUCACGUGAUGCAACUGUUCGUGUUUGGAAUAUUCGUACAGGUGAACGUCUCCAUAUGCUAAGUGGUCAUACCGCAGCUGUUCGAUGUGUUUGUUAUAAUGGCAAAUACGUUGUAUCAGGUGCAUAUGAUCAUACUAUACGUGUAUGGUUACCUGAUCAAGAACGAUGUGUACAUACACUAGAAGGCCAUACAAAUCGAGUGUAUUCACUUGUCUUUGAUGGUAAACAUAUUGUAUCCGGUUCAUUGGAUUGUAUGAUUCGUGUAUGGGAUGUUGAACAAGGUACAUGUAUACAUCAAUUAACUGGUCAUUUAUCAUUAACAAGUGGAAUGCAAUUGCGUGGAAAUAUUCUUGUAUCUGGUAAUGCAGAUUCAACUGUAAAAAUUUGGAAUAUUGAUUCUGGGAAAUGUUUACAUACGCUUGCUGGACGUAAUAAACAUGCAUCAGCAGUAACAUGGGUUCAAGUUGUACUGAAUUAUGUUGUGAGUUCGGGUGAUGAUGGAACGGUUAAACUAUGGGAUUUAGAAACAGGAGAUUUCAUUCGAAAUCUUGUUGCACUUGAAUCAACUGGGAAUGGAGGUGUUGUAUGGCGUAUUAAAUGUACAGAUUCCGCAUUAGUAUGUGCUGCUGGAAGCCGGAAUAGCACUGAAGAUACAAAAGUGAUUAUGCUCGAUUUUGAUCGUACGACGAUCUGUUCAUAG